AUGCACAUUGAAGAAGCUACAACCCAUACGGCAACACAGCAGGAACUUACCGUAACAAAGACAGUAUUACAGCAUGCACAAGAACGCAAUGUAGUGUUGUCAAAACGGAACCAUGCACUUGUAAUGCAUGUUGCACGAGCUCCGAAGCAAAAGGCACAUGCAGUCCAGAGAGCAUUGGAGAAGGCUAUUGAAAAGGUCAAAGCAACAGGCCCGGGCACAUGGUAUGAUCAACUGGUAGUCGCAAAGGAGCAUAAAAAGAACAGAUGCAAGCAGGCAAAAAAUGACGCAGUUGAUGCCAAAGUUGCUGCCAUUGUGCCUCGACUUGAAGUCGCAGCUAUACCAAAGAUGACUGUCGCGCAAAUCACGCUGCAGUUACAAUGGCACCGACAUUUCGAUCCAAAGGUGCCACCAAACAGUGAAAUCGGCAUACUGAAGGCCGGGAAGGUGAAGGCGUUGGAGGCCGCCGUCAAGCAUUAUAAUUCUGGAAAGGCUCGCCUGUGUACUUGCGUUGUGUGCAAGGUUGUCGAAGAGAGCGGCGCGACAGAUUUAGCUUCAGAGUCUCAGUCAGGGGAUGGUAGCGACCAUGAUGAGUUUUGA